UCCUCCUCCCCGCCCCCGCCUCGGCUCUGACCUUCCUCCUUCCCGCAGCCCCGGCGCGAUCCCGGAGAGACGCGGUGGCGGCGGCGGCGCCAGCCCCUCACUCCCCCGGGAAGUCGUCCGGGCUUGAGCCGGCCCCGGACGCCCCGCUUCGCCCCGUGGCGCCGGCGGUGGUGCUCGGCGCCGCUGCCUCCAGCGCAUGAGCAGCCGAGCCUGCUAACUGCUGCGCCACCCGUCCGUCCCCACACGCUGCGCCAUGUCCGGCUCCUACGACGAGGCCUCACUGGCUCCGGAGGAGACCACCGACAGCUUCUGGGAGGUGGGGAACUACAAGCGGACGGUGAAGCGCAUCGAUGACGGCCACCGUCUGUGCAACGAUCUGAUGAGCUGCGUGCAGGAGCGCGCCAAGAUCGAGAAGGCGUACGCACAGCAGCUCACCGACUGGGCCAAGCGCUGGCGCCAGCUCAUCGAGAAAGGCCCACAGUACGGCAGCCUGGAGCGGGCCUGGGGUGCCAUGAUGACCGAGGCGGACAAGGUGAGCGAACUGCACCAGGAAGUGAAGAACAGCCUGCUGAACGAGGCCCUGGAGAAGGUCAAGAACUGGCAGAAGGACGCCUAUCACAAGCAGAUCAUGGGUGGCUUCAAGGAAACCAAGGAGGCAGAAGAUGGCUUCCGCAAGGCCCAGAAGCCCUGGGCCAAGAAGAUGAAGGAGCUGGAGGCCGCCAAGAAGGCCUACCAUCUGGCCUGCAAAGAGGAGAAGCUGGCCAUGACACGGGAGAUGAACAGCAAGUCAGAGCAGUCAGUCACACCCGAGCAGCAAAAGAAGCUGCAGGACAAAGUGGACAAGUGCAGGCAGGAUGUGCAGAAGACACAGGAGAAGUACGAGAAGGUGCUGGAAGACGUGGGCAAGACCACACCCCAGUACAUGGAGGGCAUGGAGCAGGUGUUUGAACAGUGCCAGCAGUUUGAGGAAAAGCGGCUGGUCUUCCUCAAGGAGGUGCUGCUGGACAUCAAACGUCACCUCAACCUAGCUGAGAAUAACAGCUACAUCCAUGUGUACCGUGAGCUGGAGCAGGCCGUCCGGGGGGCUGACGCCCAGGAGGACCUCAGAUGGUUCCGCAGCACCAGUGGCCCUGGCAUGCCCAUGAACUGGCCUCAGUUUGAGGAGUGGAACCCGGACCUCCCUCACACCACUGCCAAGAAGGAGAAACAGCCCAAGAAGGCGGAGGGAGUGACGCUGACCAAUGCCACUGGGGUGGUGGAGUCCACAUCCCAGGCUGGGGACCGUGGCAGUGUGAGCAGCUACGACAGAGGCCAGCCCUACGCCACAGAGUGGUCGGACGACGAGAGCGGGAACCCCUUCGGGGGCAAUGAGGCCAAUGGGGGUGCCAACCCCUUCGAGGACGACGCCAAAGGAGUGCGCGUGCGGGCGCUCUACGACUACGACGGCCAGGAGCAGGACGAGCUCAGCUUCAAGGCCGGAGACGAGCUCACCAAGCUGGGUGAGGAGGAUGAGCAGGGCUGGUGCCGCGGGCGGCUGGACAGCGGGCAGCUGGGCCUCUACCCCGCCAACUACGUGGAGGCCAUCUAGCUGCCCGGCUCCCUCCACACCCCCUCACUCCUUGCCCACCGCCUCCCCCUUCCCACUCUCAUCUCCUUUCCCUCGCCAUAGAGUUCCAGACAUAUUUUCCGAUCAAGCUUUUAUUUUUUUAAAAGUCAAAACAGA